CUGCCGUGGCCACACACAGUCAGUCUCAGUCUCGGUGCGCUGGUCUAGCUGUUUGGACGUUUUCGCCAUUUUGGGCCACCGGAUUUCACACGACCAACAUUUCGGCCAACUGUCUCGUGCGCGGUCCCACUCUAUGUGUGCUGGCGGGCAUAACGCCACCGUCGUCGCGAUUCCGGCUGUAAUCCUGGAAGGGUUCAACCGAAGGGGGAGAAGAAGUGAUAAAGAUUAGACAGAGGGACGGAUGCGCACACAUACACGCCACUCACAUACACACGUACACACGGUGACAGUGAAUUUAAUCGCCGAAAAGGGGGAAUUAUUGGGAUCAAAGAAAAAAGGGGCAUGAAUAUAUGUUGUGAAAGGAUGCUGCGAAUGAUUGGCGCCGUUCGAAGUGCGUGGAGUGAAUAGUUGACACGACACCGAGAUAACGAGUGUUGGUUUUUUUUUCUCUGUUUGUUGACCAGCAUAAGAUUUAUGAUUGAGGGCGAGAGAAGAGGGAUGGUUAAUUGGUACUGAUUUAAUUCAGAGUGAAGGGCGAGAGGUUUGAAAUAUUUUCAAUUAACGAAAUAGUUUACAAGAUUGUUGUUCGCCGGUGAAGUUUGGUUCCCCUGGAACAAAAAAAACAGACGGGAAAAGAUAACAAGUGAGGAACAAAUUAAAACUACAAAAAGGGCACAAAACAGAGUGUGGUGUGUCGGAAUGUAAAUUUCAACGUUUCAUUAAAUCGUGACGCGAGUUCGUUUGAACUAUCAUCGAAGGUAACGCCAGCUGCUCGGGGGUCGGAAGUGAAGGAAGGAAGAAAGAAUUGACUAGGAAAAAGCUUUGAAUGCACUUAUUUAUGCACAUAAAUUGUUCCACCUGAACGACGAUUCUGUGAAGAUCCGUUUCGAGAAGUGACAGUGGUAGAGAACGAAGAAAACGAAGGAAUGCCAGUGAUUUCGAUCUGCGAUAGAGAAAGAGAUUAAAAAUCCGAUAGUGAAGACCGGGCGGAAGGUAAUGAAUGGAAAUCCGCGCAGGCAGUGAAUUUAAUCGCUAACAGUGAUAAAAACAAAGGUAUCUCUCCGGAACGAAGUGAACGGAGGAAGAAGGUAAACAUCAAAACAAAGACGUGGAAAAAGGUGAACUCCCCCCGCAGAAGAAGAAGACGAAGAAGAAGAAGUGGUUCGACAGUCGAUAGAGAACAAUGAUAUCUAAACAUGACCGCAAGAAUAUGCAAAUAGAGUUUCAUAAUAGUUGGUAGAGUCGAGAAAGCGUCGCGAAGAACGAAGAAAACGCUAUCGAUUUUCCACCCCAUCACCAACCCAUCCACCCAAUCAUCCAAUCCUUGCGAUCGAACAAUUCCGUCGCCAUCCCGUGAAUAGAGUCGUUUGAUCUUUAUCACAAAGCGAAGUUAAGGCGGCGACGAGUUUUGAUAACGGCCGCCGCGCGCGCGUUUCUGUGUGUUUCUGUUUAUGUGAACGAGCGAAAAAUUCGCCAAGUGUCCCGGCUGUUGUUUCCAAAUGGUAAAACUUGUGCUGUUUUGAAGUGAGUUUGUAAACCAAAUUUAAAAAAAAAAAUUCAAAGUGUUUUGUGAGCAAAAGGAAAGGAGCAAGUGUGUGUGUGUGUGCUUUACCAGUGUUUGCGAAUUGCUGCAUUUUGAUAAGUACGAAAUCACCCUUUUUUUCUAAAAAAAAGUCAUAAAUUAUUCUGAGGACGGGAGUAUAUAACUCUGGUUGACCUUGCUGAUCCCAAUAUAGCCAAUUUCGGCGGCUUUCGGAGAAUGGAUUUCCUGCUCGUUAAAAGGUCAGUGGAGAAAUGAAUCAGAGGGUCAACAAAGGAUGAUAUCUUCCCUUCCAAUGCCAGGGUUAAAAUUUCCGACAGCCACCAUAAAUUAUCAUAAUGCAAAAUGGAGCUAUCAGCGAUGGGAGGUCGCCGUCUGACCUCUCAGCAAAUACAGCAGCUACAGCAAGCCCACCAACAGCAGCAGCAACAGAUCCAGCAACUCCAGCAGCUCCAGCACUAUCAGCACCAACAGUUGCAGCAGCAGCAACACACCCAAGCGAUGUUAUUCCAGCAACAGCAGCAACAACAACAGCAGCAGCACUCCAUUCAGCAAAUACCACCCCCACCGAUGGGGGGUGGCGGUGGAAACCCACUUCACCGCUCGGCCCAACGAUUCAGCGUGUCUCGUCACCGGAAGGACUCGCUGGGGAAGAGUGUUAGCAAGUACAUGUACCCGCCCGGAUCGCCCUCGAUGGGUUUCAACGAGAACAUCUACCAUCCCCAGAACACCACCUCGGCGAGCGCCGCCAACGCCAACACUGCCAACAGCAAGCACAACCGGUACCCCGAGCCCGACCCGGACAUCAUCGAGGUCUACCUGGAGGACGAUCCGAUCAAGCUGAAGGAGGCGGUUCGCGACGGGAAGGAGAUCAAAUGGCGCAACAACAUCGUGGCGACGAUGGAACGCUACGAUCCGGGACCGAUAUCGGCGGCUACCCUACCGUCGUCCUAUCUGCAGCAGCACCAUCAGUCCAGCACCGACAGCAGUCUGAAUCCGGAGUACUCGUACGCCUACUGCGAACCGAUGAUCCUGAAGCAGCAAUCCCUCCAGCAGCAACAGCAGCAGCUGCCACAGCCCGGCGGCCAGCUGCACCCCAACAGCCUCCCGCAGAUACACAAACUCUCCUCGUCGGCCUCGAGCAAUGCGCUCUCCAAGUUGCCAUCAACCAAUUCUCUACGUGCCUUAUUGAGUAAGAGCUUCCGGAAGAGUUCGCUGUCGGCGAACACGCCCGGAAGUUCUACGGUGGGCCCUGGAACGCCGGGAGGUGUCAUACCGGAGAAGCACACCUUCACGACCCGGUACGGCACGAAGGAGAACAUCUACGAAGACGUUGGAGCGGGGUCCAACCUAGUAGGGACGGCGGCGGCGGCUACGACGGGAGGAACCAAGCCCCUGACGGGGGCAACCAAUUCGACGUCGAUGCAGAGCUUCGAGUCGAUCCAAAAGUUUAACAUACACGACGAACUGAGGCACGUGCAGAGCCAGCACGACAGGAUCCUUGGGGAGUUGAACCUCUCGGUGGAGACGUUGAUUAUGCCAUCCAAGGAUGAACAGGAUGCGAUCGAGGAGCGGUUGAAUGAGAUUCACUGCGCGCAGUAUCACGACGAGAUGUCCCAGGAUGACUGCAUAGCGGCAGGUUCGUCUAAUUCUGCGAUGAUUCACAUGCAGGAGCGACUCUCGCCGACCACUUCGCAGCCGAACAGUGGCGACGUGGACAGUGGCAUCAGCGGAAGUAGUAGUAGUGGCGCUAGUUAUUCCAGCAGCAUGUUGUAUCGGACCACCACGAUGUAUACGAAUAACAGCAAGACGGUGACGAUCAACGACAGUGCCGAGGGCAGUGGCUCUGGAAUGUCGAUGUUGGCCGGCAGCAGCUCGAUACGCAGCAGCUGUGGCAGUAGUAGCGGCUGCGGCUCGGUCCCGGUCGCGUAUUCCUCGUGCGGAGGAGGCGCUAGUUGUAGUAAAAUGGCUUCUAACAUUGUGAUACCUAACUCGAAUAAGCUAGCCUGUUGUUUCUAUUCCGAUAAGCUAAGCAAAACUAGUAAAUCUAAUUCCGAUCACCUAGAUACGCUCGCAGAUAAGUCCAGCUUCUGGAACAAGCUGGGGAAAUUGAAAAUUUCUGGCGUUUUCGGUGGUGCCAAUAACAGCAGCAGUAGCAGCAAUGGCAGCUCAGCUAGCCACAGUCAUCUGCACAAUCAGCAUUUCCAUCCGCCGCAUCAUCAUCACCAUCCGCAUCCGCACUUACAUCACCACCACAACCAUACGCUUCCAAGCCAUCUGCACCAGCUGCAGGGUCUGAAUCAUUCUGUCCCAACGACCACUACCAAUACGGCCACGAUCGCGAGAAGCAACGAAUCCGAGAAUCCGCACAUUCAUCUGCACCAUCAUCGUCUCCCGUCGCCGCUGGUCACCACCACGAUCGAACCCUGGUGGCAAACGCCCUCCGAUCCGUGUCUGAUGGAUCCGUCGUCAACCUGUGGCGGCGAGUACCAGCUACCCUGUGAGGUGCUUGUGCCUCCCCCGCAGCCACCACCCCCAUCGCUGUCCGCGCUAAUCAGUGGCGGCGGCGUCGGGAUGCGUCCCCCACUGCCGCAACCUCCGCUGCAGACGCAGAUCGAGCUGGAAGAGGACGAGGAAGACCAAAAGGUGGAAGAGCACGAAGAUGGCGUCGCGCAGUAGUCGGCGGUGGCGUCGACAGCGCAUGCGCGUAAGCAAUUUGUGAUGUGACCAUUAAUCGUUUCUCGAGCGAUUCCAUUUGAAUUCGAAGGUCGAUUUUUUUGUAUUUUUUUUUUAUUUGGCUCAAAUUUGGUAGACGCAUUGCUUUUUUGCAUCAUCGGUUUUCCAUUUUGACUCGAGCCUUACUUUUGAGAAGGGUUUGAAGGACUUUAUAGGGAUUGCUGGAAUAUUCUCAAAAAAUAUGUAUUUAUUCUAUUUUAUUAUUUUAUUUCUCAUCUGUCUUGUUGCCUUAAUAAUAUGUUAACAUUGAUGUUAAGAUGAGGGAAAGCCUUGGAAAGGGCAUAAAUACCUCAUAUCUUUUCUUAAGAAUUACUACUACAAGACAUCAACAAUAAUUGCGCACAUCAUAAAGAAAAAAAAAACAGUAAGUUCAAACAGUAAAAAAGUUGGCGAUAAAUAAUAAAAUUAACACCGUUAAAGGUGCUGGUCCUUCAGUCUUCUAUUGUUGGGUAUCAUCCAUUCCAUAUGUUUCCGUUAAAUACUGCAGCAGUCGAAUAUAUCAUAGACCUCGCUGAAUAUUGUCGCCAUUAACCGGAUGGGAUCGUAUUGACCAUGGGAGCAAAAAGCCCGCUGUCGAAGUUCCACAUAUCUCCUCCGUUCCAACGUGUUGAGCCAGAGGAGCCUACAUCGCUUUUCGGUAAAUUUGAAGAGUCUCACCAAGAAAGACUACAGAGUGCGUACCUUAUUUAUUUUGUUUGUUUGUUUCUUUGUUUUUAAGAGGCUUUAAACUUUGCAGUUCAUUCGCCUCCAAGUUUAUUUUGUACUGAUUCAAAUCUGCUUAUCCAAGUUAACCGAUGCGGACACCACACGACCGCAUUUGAUUCCAGAAUGGAGUGCACCAAUGCAACGUUAAGUGACCGAAGACACUGAGGAUCACGACAUUCGUUAGCUACUUUGAAUAGUAAUCUCUGUCAUAAUUGGGAUGUGAUUUACGGCUGUGUAAAUUCUGACAUCCGCGUAUUAAAGGCGAAAUUCCUGAUGGCAGUAGUUUUGAUAACUCGUUGAUGAAAAUGAAGAAUAGAAGUGGUCCUAGAUUGCUCCUUAGCGCGUCCCGCUGAUAUGUUGGUAAAGAAUUCUGCGGUUCGGAUCCAAUUCGCACACAUAGCUUUCGAUCCGUGAGAUAUGAUAUCAACCAUCUGAUGAGGUCUUCGAAACUCUAAGCUUUCCAGUUUGAGAACAAGAGUCUUAUGAUCCACUCUGUCGAAAGCUGCUUUGAGAUCAGUAUACAUCACGCCAACUUGUGAUCCGCCAUCUAUUUUGCGCAAGCAGAAUGAUGUGAACUGCACUAGAUUUGUAGAGACAGAUCGCUUGGGAUAAAAUCUUUGUUGCUUUUUACAGGUUACAAACAAAACCUCUUUGCUGAUAAUUUCAAAUAUUUUGGAGUAUUCAUACAAUGAUGUAUUACCUCGAUAGUUCUCAAUGUUCUGCAUAUCUAUUUUUGACGUGGGACUACGACUAUCCGGAGAAAAUUGAGAAAGACUUGGUUAUGGAGAACGCAAAUUUAAGAGGUGACAUUUUUCGACUUGGUUCACUUUGGUAGAACAUUUUUUAAAAAUUAUUUUCGAUCAUAACUCCAAUUUUAGAACAAGAAUGUAAUGAAACGUUUACGACCUGAUCAGUCACGAAUAAACAUAAGUUUUCCUCUACCAUUUGAAUAGUAUUAUUGUAGUAAUGAUUGAAACUAAAAUACAUUCAACCACACUGAACUGAAAACCAUAUUCAUCAGCUUUCAUUCCGCCAAAGUGAAUUGAGUGCAUGCGCACCAAAACUAAAAACAAUUUUUUUCAAUAUUUAUGUGUUAUUUUAUAGAUAUUCAUAGUCUCAGUGCUUUGAAAAAAUCCUGUUUGUAACACAUGGGCGAUGAAAUAGUAGGUUGGAUCAGCCACGGUCGGUCAAUUAGUGGGAGCCCAACCUUCAAAUUGAAAUAUCUCAAAAUAAUGUUUUUGGCGCUUGAUUCGUUUUGGCAGAACCCCGACCAAAUUACAUCAUGGCAAAAACGCUGUAUAAAAAUACACAUAGGGUAUUUCCCCCUGAAAGUUUGGGUAGAAAUAGUACUCACGGUACAUCUUUUUCGAGAAAGUUGAGUUAAAUAAAAUAAAUAUACAGCAUUUUGUUUAACAGUGCGUACUUUCUCCACAUAGUCCCAAUAAUAAUUUUAAUUAUCAAGCAAUUUUUGAUUAGGCCCUUCUCAAUAGUCAAAACCGAUGAUGAAAAAUGUCCUUUUUGGCCAUGAAGAAUACGUCUGGAAAAUUUGAGCCAAAAUUUGUUUAUUUGAAUUUCUAACUAAGCUGCCGAACAAGGAGACGGCACACACAAUCUAGUACUAUGUGAAACGUGUAAAUAGUAACGGUUUUCUAUCAAGCAGCAGCCGGAAAACCGAAGGGGGCUGUCUUUCGUAAAACGAAGACGCGUAUGCGCGUAUGCUAAUCGUGUAAAACAAUGAUCUGUAUAUUUUAGAAUCACUGCACUGUAAAUAGAAAAUAAACAAACACAAACAACAGAUAUAAUAACAAAAAAAAACAUAGGAGAACCAAUUCGAUGAAAGUAAAGUUUAAAUACUUCUAGUGUGAAUAGUUAGCGUUAUA